CCCUCCCCCCUGUCCCACAGCACCUCACCUCGCCCGCACCUUCUCCAUUUCAAGGCCAAGCCGUAGCUCAGCUGGGUAUAUAAGAGCCACGCUCCCGACAACCAGACAUCGUACCAGACGCAUCACCACAAACCACAGACAUGAAGUUCGUGCUCCUCGCCUGCCUGGCCGCCGUGGCCGCCGCCGCCCCCCAGUUCGACGCCUCCCGCCCAAUCGUCCUCGUCCUCCGUGACGACCGUCAGGAUAAUGGUGACGGAAACUUCAACUUCGCCUUCGAGGCUGACAACGGCAUCUACGAGGAGAGGAGCGGCAGCAUCGGCUCGCUGGGUCAGAGCAACAUGCAGGGCUCCUACAGGUUCCCCCUCCCUGACGGCACCUUCGCUGAAGUUCGCUACGUCGCUGAUGAGAACGGCUUCCGCCCUGAGUCCCCACUGCUGCCCACGCCCCACCCCAUGCCCGCCCACGCCCUGGAGCAAAUCCGUAUCGCUGAGGAGCAGCGCGCCAGGGGCAUCACCUUCGAAUAGAGACAUAAUAUAGCUAUCUCACACAUACACCCAAUGCUAUGUAUUGAUAUUUUUUGUUAAUUGUUCAUCGUCGAGAAUGAGUGAAAUAAGUGUGAAAUAAAUAAAGCGUGAUUAAAAGAAAA